AACCACUACUUUUUAUUCUUUUUAAUCAGGGUCAGUUCAUUGAUCCGUGAGCAGUGGUCCUGCAUCGUCAACAUGGUGGAGGCAUGAGGUUGUUGCAUCACGCACACGCAGAUGAGCAUUUAUUUAAUAAUAGGAUAAUAGCAAUAAAAAUUCACCCACGUCUUACAUGAAGGUGGAUUAAUUUCCUCCCAACCACUCCCACCCUCCCUCUCUCUCUCUCUCUCUCCCUCCCUCUCUCUCUCCCUGUGUGUGAUGCUGCAGCCCCUGUAGUCUCUCCAGUCUCCAGUAAACAGCAGUCAUGGCGACAGUGGUCCAACCGCUCUCUCUGGAUCGAGAUGUUGCCAGGGCCAUCGAGCUGCUGGAGAAGCUGCAGGAGUCGGGUGACGUGCCCGGUCACAAGCUCCAGUCUCUGAAGAAGGUGCUGCAGAGCGAGUUCUGCACGGCCAUCCGAGAGGUGUACCAGUACAUGCACGAAACCAUCACGGUGAACGGCUGCCCGGAGUACCAGGCGAGGGCCACGGCAAAGGCGACGGUCGCGGCCUUCGCGGCCAGCGAGGGUCACUCCCACCCGAGGGUGGUGGAGCUGCCCAAGACGGAGGAAGGGCUGGGCUUCAACGUGAUGGGCGGCAAGGAGCAGAACUCCCCCAUCUACAUCUCUCGCAUCAUCCCCGGGGGCGUGGCCGAGAGGCACGGCGGCCUGAAGCGAGGCGACCAGCUCCUGUCCGUCAACGGCGUGAGCGUGGAGGGCGAGCACCACGAAAAAGCGGUGGAGCUGCUGAAGGCGGCCAAGGACAGCGUGAAGCUGGUGGUGCGCUACACCCCCAAAGUGCUGGAGGAGAUGGAGGCCCGCUUCGAGAAGCUGCGCACGGCCCGGCGGCGCCAGCAGCAGCAGAUCCUCAUGCAGCAGCAGCAGCUGCAGAACGUGGCCUCCCAGCAGAACCACAUGUCGUUGUUCCAGAAGAAGAAGAAGUGAAGGACGAAGAAGAAGAAGAAGAAGAAGAAGUGGAUCUCAAAAGACCAAUCCGUUUCACGGUCCCGAAAGCGGAGGCUCUCUCCGUCGAGGAGGAAACCAACGAGUAGAAGACUCUUCUGCUCUCUCUCUCUCUCUCUCUCUC